UACAGGUUUUGUGCUUUGCUGUUGAAAGAUACGUUGGUAACUGAUUAGGUUUGCUUUAGUCAUGUCAGGAUCCGCCCCGGAGGAAGCUCAGACCUCCGUCCCUCAAAGCACAGCUAGCGCUCCCGAUCCUGCUCCGCUUGCUGUUGGACCUGGAGGCUCAAGUGACGUCUCCUUUGGUGAGCAAAACCUUAGCUUCACCACCACAGACCUCAGCCUGGUGGAGAUGACGGAAAUAGAGUACACUCAGCUCCAGCACAUACUGUAUUCCCAUAUGGAGGCACAAGCUAGUGAAGGUGAAGUGGAAGCUAGGCUCAAUUCUGCUUUCUUCUCAGCUGGUAAUUCUGCAGACCCCCCUCUGCACCAGGCCUCGCUGAACGCCAGUCAAGAUGCGUAUUCACCAAACAGCGCUGGGAACCAGUCAGUUUACCCAGUGAUCUGUCAGUCAGGAUUACCUUCUGACAGCAGUUUGCUAAGUACAAACCCAUGCGUGGGCCAUAUUGACUUUCAGGAGCUCAGAAUGAUGUUACUUAGUGAGUCCAAUGUCCCUUUGAACCAAACGGAUAAAACGCCUAACAGUAGCUCUGUAGAAGUCCCAGGACACAGUUUAAUAAGAGUUAAACACAGUGAUAAUGUUGUUGGGACGAAUAAAGAAAACGUACUUGUUGACAAUUCAGCAUUGGCACCAGAGUCUAGAUCGAAGUCUGCCGUCAGAGUUCGAUUGGAAGACAGAUUCAACAGCAUCCAGACAGAAAACCCCAGGUGUCAAGAACCCCAAGAAUCUGGAGUAACUCUGAACAAUUUAGUAACAUUGAUCCGGCAGCCAUCAGAACUGAUGGGUGUUCCUCUUCACCAGCAUCAGAAUAAGUGUGCUGCAUUGGUGAAAAAUAAGGCUGCAGCUGCAACUACUGCUUUACAGUUCACAUAUCCACUGUUUACUAUGAAUGCCUGUUCUACUACUGGAAGUGCUAAUCCUUCACAAACGCAGACCUCUGGAACAUCAUGCACUAUUUUGGAAGCUGCCAAACAUCAAGACCUUGGGUUACCUAGAACAUUCUCUUUCUGUUACCAUCAGGAAAUUGAAUCCACGAAACAGACAGUAGGUGCUAGGAAUAAAGGUUUGCCUGAGCAAGUUUGGAUUAAAGUUGGAGAAGACGCCUUAUGCAAGCAAGCAAUUAAGAGAAGUCGCAGCCGAAUAAGCCCAUUGGAUACAAAUGUAGAUCGAAAACCUCUUAGUGAAAUUCAGAAUAUGCGUGAUAGCCAAAGUACUGCAUCUGCACAGGGUCCUUGGCAGUCAGCCCAGUCAAAUUCAAGUAUACAGGUACAAGGUGGGACACAGGAAGGAAUCUCUCAGCGAAGGGAAAGGCAUAACCGCAUGGAGAGAGACAGAAGGCGCAGAAUCCGGAUUUGUUGUGAUGAACUGAAUCUUCUGGUUCCGUUCUGUACUGCUGACACUGAUAAGGCAACAACUUUACAAUGGACAACUGCAUUUCUGAAGUACAUUCAUGAAAGGCAUGGAGACACUCUGAAAAAGGAAUUUGAGACUGUGUUCUGUGGUAAAACAGGCAGGAGACUAAAAAUAGCAAGAUCAGACUCAUUUGUAGCAUGUCCAGUGCAGGAAAACACGCAUAGCUAUGGAGAUCAAGUAGUCUGAACUGACCGCCUUGAAUGCUUGAGAAGUAUGGAUAACUAACAAGGGUCCAGUCUGCUUUCUUUUUUUUUUUUUUUUUUUUUCUUCUGUGUUUGUUUAUGUGCUGGGCUUCAUUUCAUGUGAUAAGUAUGAUAGGCUCGAGGACUGUCUUGCAAAAUGCAAUGUGUAGGAAUACAUAAAUAGACCAUUAAUGAAAACAUUCUUUAUUCAAAAUGGAAAUGAAAAUUAGCUACUGACAGUACUAAUCAUUUUUCUGAUAAAGGGGCUCAGUGACUAGAGACAGCAAGACAAUGUCCCAACACCUACUGAGUACUUUCCCCCUUUAGUUACCAAACAUUCACUCUUCUUCUGUUUAUGGUUCUGCAUUGUGUUUUUUUUUAAAGAAAAAAAAAAAAAAAGUGGUGUGGUACAGUUAGGGAUUGUUGAAGAAUAUCAACUGGUCCUUUAAUGACCAGAUGCAAAUACAUUCUUCAAAUAUAAAAAGAAACUAAAGGUACCAUUAUAAUGCCUUUUUUUUCCCAUUAAAAGUUGUAGUAGUUAAUUGAAUAAGUGCAUAGUUUCUAAAUUGUACUGAUAUUAUGAAGUUCACAUUUGCCAUGCAUAUUUUAACACAUUCCCCCCCAUGAGUAAUACAAUGCUGUUAGCAUUGUUUUUAAAGUACAGUACUAUUUUUAAUGUUUAAUAAACAACUGU